UGUGGUUUAGACCUCUUUGUGAUCAUUGCUUUUUUUGCUUGUCAUAUAUAUGAAGAUAUAAUUUGAGAUAUUAUGUUAUAUACUACUACUACUGAGAUACUAUACAUCUCAUUGUGAUGGUUUGGAAUUUUGUGCACCACUUUGUCUUUGUGUGGUGCCUAUCUUUUAUGUGGUUUAGACCUCUUUAUCAUUGCUUUUUUGCUUGUCUAUCAACUUGGUCGUAAUUUCUAGUCCCAACAUGCCAAAGGGUCCUUCACAUUGCAGUGUCAAGUGAACACAAUGGGAGCCGGUGGCCGAAUGUCUGAGCCCAACACCAAGUUAGAAGGUAGCAAAAAGAGCCCAAUUGAGCGAGUGCCACACGCCACACCACCAUUCACACUAAGCCAAAUCAAGAAAGCCAUUCCACCCCAUUGCUUCAAGCGCUCUCUUCUCCGCUCCUUCUCUUGUGUCAUUCACGACCUUUUCUUCGCCUCAUUGUUCUACUACGUAGCCACCACUUACUUCCACCUUCUCCCCCACCCACUUGCAUACAUAGCCUGGCCACUUUACUGGAUUUUCCAAGGCUGCAUUUCGACCGGUAUUUGGGUCAUUGCUCAUGAGUGUGGUCACCAUGCCUUCAGUGACCACCAGUGGGUGGAUGACAUUGUUGGCCUUGUCCUCCACUCUGCUCUUCUCGUCCCUUACUUCUCGUGGAAAUACAGUCACCGCCGCCACCAUUCAAACACCGGCUCCAUUGAGCGCGACGAAGUGUUUGUUCCAAAGCCAAAAUCUCAAAUGUCAUGGUUCUCCAAAUACUUGAACAAUCCACCAGGGAGAGUAUUAAGCCUCGGUGUUACAUUGACUCUUGGAUGGCCUUUGUACUUGGCUUUCAAUGUAUCAGGCAGACCAUAUGAACGUUUCGCUUGUCAUUAUGAUCCUUACGGUCCAAUCUACUCAAACCGUGAAAGGCUUCAGAUAUUCAUCUCGGACAUAGGAGUUUUCAUCACUACAUUUGUGCUGUACCAACUCGUCUCGGCCAAAGGGUUGGGUUGGGUUGUGUGCGUGUAUGGGGUGCCAUUGCUUGUAGUGAAUGCCUUCCUUGUUCUGAUCACUUACUUGCAGCACACACACCCUGCACUGCCGCACUAUGACUCGUCCGAGUGGGACUGGUUGAGAGGAGCAUUGUCUACGGUCGACCGAGACUAUGGAGUUCUCAAUAGAGUUUUCCAUAACAUUACAGACACUCAUGUGGUGCACCAUUUAUUCUCCACAAUGCCACAUUACAAUGCAAUGGAAGCAACCAAAGCUGUGAAGCCAAUAUUGGGAGAGUACUACCGUUUAGAUGACACUCCAGUAGUCAAGGCUAUGUGGAGAGAGGCCAAGGAGUGUCUCUAUGUUGAGCCAGAUGAUGAGUCUCCUAGCAAAGGUGUUUUUUGGUACAAGAACAAGUUCUGAUCAAAUCAAGUGCAGUAGGAGAGUUGUUGAGUAGUGUUGGUCAUGUUCAUCUCUGCUGUGUGUGUAUGUGUGUGUGUGUGUGUGUGAAAUGCUUAAGAUGAUGAGAAAAAUGGAGAGUAGUAAUAGUAAUAGUAAUAGUAAUAGCAAUAGUAAUAAUAGUGGGUGUGGUUUAAUGGUUAGGUGUUGAUUUAGUGUCUUUUGGGCAUGUAAUGAACCUUGUUUUAGUUUAAAUAUUUUAAGUAAUUUUGGUUAUAAUGGGGUAUUUACUUGAUGUGAUGUGUAAUACGUUUCAUUUUGGCAAAUUGGGAUAUUAUGGCCAAUUAGAUAUUAAUACUAGUAGAUAAUAUCUUUAUA